GCAUGGGAAGUAAUUGUGCAACCUGUUAAAAUUGUUAGAAAAAGGAAGAAGUCCUAAUAAGCGAGGUAUAACAACAAUCGAACCCUCAAAUGAAUCAAUACUCGCAACAACCAAAUGAGGAGGAAGAUGAGGAUCGUAAAUUGAUUUUAACUAUAAUUUUUAAGACCUUGAGGAAAAGAACUAGGAUGGCUAAAGUCCGAUAGUACAACAAUAUUUGAACUUGGAUCCUCCUAAAAAAAAUGAGGCUAUUGUCUAUGCUGAACAAACCAGGGCCCAACCAGUUGAAACUCCAUAAGUUCAAGUGAUCAUGACUAAUGGUAUUUAUGAAAACGAUAAAAAGAGUCAAAUGCAGAUAGCAAGAAGAGAAAAAACGAGAUGAUGCUAAGGAAUUAAGAGGAUCUUAAUGAUGUUUAGGUUCCCAAGUCUGAGAAUACGGUUAGAGAGAAGAGGGCUCGUCAUCAAUUUAAGGUAGAAAAGUGUUGAAAAUAUUAUUUUAAUAGAGCGGAGCAUACUAUGAAGGAGAAUGGGUUGGAUAGAGCAGAGAUGGGUAUGGAGUUCAAAUUUGGAGUGAUGGAGCAAAGUAUGAAGGGGAGUGGAAAAACAAUAGAGCCAAUGGGAAGGGGAAAUUCUGGCAUAUAGAUGGGGAUUACUUUGAAGGAGAUUGGAAGGAUGAUAAAGCAUGUGGGAAAGGUGUUUAUAUUCAUACGAAUGGAGCAAAGUAUGAAGGAGAUUGGAUGGAUGAUUUAUAACAUGGAGUUGGAAUUGAAACGUGGGCUGAUUAAGCAAGAUUCGAGGGGAGAUAUUAGUAUGGCAAGAAAGAAGGAUAAGGGAAGUAUUACUGGAGUGAUGGAUCAGUGUAUAUUGGAAAUUGGAGUGAGAAUAAGUUGUCUGGAUUUGGAGUGUAUACUUGGCCUGAUGGGAGGGUAUUGAAACUUAUUUAAUUUAGAGAUACGAAGGAUAAUGGUCAAAUAAUCAGAUGAGUGGACGUGGGAUCUACUAUUGGAAAGAUGGAAGACAAUAUGAAGGCCAGUAUGUUAAUGAUAAGAAACAUGGUUAUGGCAUUUACACAUGGCCGGAUGGAAGGGUAUGAUUAUUAGUUGAGUCUUAUUAGAAAUACGAAGGAUAUUGGUCUAACGGCAAAUAAUAAGGGAAAGGUAGAUACAUACUACCUAAUGGAAAGAGUUAGUUGGGAAUGUGGGAUAAUGGCAAAAGGAUCAAGUGGUUGGAUCUUAGUGAACAGAACAUUGAUUUGAAACCAAAAGAUUGGAAUUCUUAUGUUUAACCGUCAUUGGGAGAAACAUAAUUAUGAUUAUUAUACUAAUUAAGUAACUA